AUGCCAAACCGAACUUCAACAGUGCCCAACCUCGAUCUGAGCUAUUUCAAGAGCGAUUCAAAGAAAGACAAGAUUGGUUCGCCUUUAACGCCCAAUGACCACAGUUCAGAUGGACCGAGUCCCUUGACACCUCGUUCGCCCAAGUCCGCAUCAAGCUCCCCGCUCUUCAAAGGCGCAACGAUUCGCUCUGUUACACAAGACUCCAACGGCAAGGCAACCAGCCCUACCAUCCCCCUUUCGCCUGGCGCGGCUCCCAUUGAACCUACGACACCCGGUAUCACAGCCAUUCCUCAACAUUUCCCUUCUCCCAAAGAUUCAAAACAUACGCGCGAUGCCUCGAAAUCGUUCUUUGGCAAUCUCAAAGCACCGAAAUCAUCACAUAAAUCACAGCGGUCAGACAGCUCGGAAAACUCAACCGAACUUUCUAAGAGCCGGGGUAGCUCCAGAGAACGGAGGACACAAAUGCCCUCCAAAUCAUAUGAGUCAACACCUGAUCUUCUAGGGGCACUUGCCCGUUCAAAUGGAACCGAAAGGACAAAUGGAACAUUCGGCGAUAAGAGCUCUUACCCACAAGAUGUCAAGAAGGUUGGCACAGAUCUAGAGUCGGCGAUGCCAAAGAAAAACAAACAACGAUUCGCAAGCCUUUUGACCCGAUCUCGCUCCAUUCGAGUUGACGACUCCUCCGGUAGCAGACCGACACCCCGACGCCCGUCCACUGGUCUAGCGAAGCUGGAGGAGUUCAAUCAAAGCGACAUAACUACAACGAUCCCACCGCGCUGUUCAACUGCCCGACCGGAACGCUCUGUCCGGGGAGGCUUGCAUCCUCCUGAUCGUCAAUUAGACUCCACAUCGUUGCGAAAAGAGCGCAGCCAUGGCAACAUGGUUGCAUCCGGUUCCUUGAGUCAAGUUUCCGGCGCCUCAGCUGCUAUUUUCAGCAACCUGAAGUCGUCCUCUAGUGGUGCUGCUGACCGUAUUGGCAAGGCCGGGAAGGGAUUCUUUGGCAAGAUUACUCGCAGUGGUAGCACUAACGAGCGUGAACUAAUUACCGAUGACUCGUACACAUGCUCUGUGAUCAAUCUUCCGCUCAUUGAACAAGCGAGAAAGACUCGUAUUGCGAAGAAACUCGAAGACUGCCGUGACAAGACCGAGUUCUGGAUGCCUGCUUUGCCAUACCGCUCCAUCGAUUAUCUCAAUUUCAAGGGUUGUGAGGAAGAGGGUCUGUACCGUGUUCCCGGUAGCGGCAGAGAGGUCAAGCAUUGGCAACGACGUUUCGACACGGAACUCGACAUUGAUCUGUUUGACGUUCCUGAUCUUUACGACAUUAAUACCGUCGGCUCGCUCUUCAAAGCUUGGCUUCGUGAGCUGCCGGACGAGCUUUUCCCCAAGUCAACACAAUUAAUGAUAGCUCAGAAGUGCGAAGGCGCCACAACGGCACCACAGUUACUCAAGGAUGAGCUUUCCAAAUUACCGCCAUACCAUUACUACCUUCUUUUCGCCAUCACCUGCCAUCUCAACCUUCUUCACUCAUAUGUGGACCAGAAUAAAAUGGACUACCGCAACCUGUGUAUCUGCUUCCAGCCCUGUAUGAAGAUCGAUGCAUUCUGCUUCCAAUUCUUGGUCUGUGACUGGAAAAACUGCUGGCAAGGAUGCUGGACUGAAAAGGAGUAUCUCGAAAUCGAAAAGAAAAUGGACGAGCGUGACCAGCGGGUCUCGCAAGAGCAGGAGGCCGCUAAAGCGAAGGCACGUGCCUCUGCUGUCCAUGAACGCGCCGUGUCCUCUUCCAGCAGCAGCGCUGGGGAAGAGGCUUCGCGUGAGCGUCAGCCCCCUCGGGAGCCUACUCGUCCAGCGACUGCUCGCACUCGGAAGCCUCCCCCGAGAAACAUCGAGACGGCACACUCACGAAGCGUUUCUCAGCUUCCCGAACUCGGUCCACCGCUCUCUCCUAUCAAAAUCUAA